AUGACGGAGAACAAGAACAACAUGGAGCUGGCCGAUAACUUUGAAGCUCGUCCCAUAGAGUUUUCAAUUGACUAUAAUAUUAAAUCCAGCCAAAUGUUUCUUGCAUUAUCAGAGAAUAAGACACUGGAUACAAUGUCUUUAGAUAAUGAAUUCGUAAUCCAUGCAACAACCAUGGAAUUACAGCGUCCCCAAGCAUAUCAAAGAGGAUCAUUUACAUCAGGUUGCAGAAGAGAUCCAUCGAUGAAUGAAAGCUUGUUCUUGGCAUGGAGAGAAGUGAUCAUGGAGCGACUCCAUAAAGACGUCGUGGUUCUAUACCCAUCUCCGGGCAUCGGUCACCUGAUCUCCAUGGUAGAGCUAGCCAAGCUCAUCCUCGAACAGUACCCUUCCUUCUCCAUCAACAUCCUCAUCUCCACUCCACCUUACAACACCGGCGCCACCGCUCCCUAUAUCCGCCGCGUCUCCGCCACCUCUCCUUCCAUCAACUUCUACCACCUCCCGUCCCUCCCGUCCGACCCCGCCUCUUAUUCCUCCAUCGAAGCCAUCGGCUUCAAGUUCCUCCGCCGCAACAACCCAAACGUCCACCGCGCUCUUCUGUCCAUUUUCGAGACCCACACCAUCCUCGCCUUCAUCAUUGACCUCUUCUGCGCUCCGUCACUCGUCGUCGCCCGCGACCUCAACAUCUCCGUCUACUUCUUCUUCACAUCCGGCGCCGCCUGCCUCGCUCUGUUCCUCCACCUACCCACCCUUCACCGGAGCACCACCAAGAGUUUCAAAGAUCUCCAAACUCUUCUCCACGUCCCGAGCUUACCCCCCAUACCCUCCUCCGACAUGCCAGCGCCGACGCUAGUUCGGACUUCUGUGGAAUGCACAAGCCUCGUCGAUUUCUCCGCCCAGAUGACAAAAUCCGCUAGAAUCAUCGUGAACACGUACCAAUCGCUCGAAUCAAAACACAUUAAAGCGGCAUCAAACGGUCUUUGCGUUCCUGAUGAGCCCACAUCGCCGAUUUUCGCUAUCGGACCAUUAGUUGCGGCAAAUGAUCGAACAGGUGGUGGGUGUGAUGACGGCGCGACCCAGUGCUUAGCCUGGCUUGACUCGCAACCGAGUCAGAGCGUUGUCUUUCUGUGUUUCGGAAGCUUGGGAGUGUUCUCGGAGGCGCAGUUGAAGGAAAUCGCUGUCGGGUUGGAGAAUGGCGGGCAGAGAUUCUUGUGGGUGGUGCGCAGUCCGCCGACGGAGGACGGUGGUAGCUGCGACAAUUUGGCGCCGCCGCCAGACCCGGAUUUGGACUCGUUACUUCCGGAAGGGUUCUUGGGGCGGACGAGGGAGAGGGGGUGUGUAGUGAAGAAGUGGGCGCCGCAAGUGGCGGUGCUGAGUCACGAAUCGGUGGGCGGGUUUGUGACUCACUGCGGCUGGAACUCAGUGUUGGAGGCGGUGUGCGCGGGGGUGCCGAUGGUGGCUUGGCCGCUUUACGCGGAGCAGAGGUUCAACAGGGUGGUGUUGGUGGAGGAAAUGAAGCUGGCGGUGCCGAUGGAGGAGAGGCCUAAGGAUGGGUUCGUGACGGCGGCGGAGGUGGAGAAGCGGGUAACGGAGUUGAUGGACUCGGAGGUUGGGAACAGAGUCCGGAAGAGGGCAGUGGGUAUGAAAAAGGAGGCAGCGGGCGCCAUGCGCGACGGUGGCUCGUCCCAUCUUGCGCUCACCAAGUUGGUCGAGUUGUGGGGGAUGAAAAAUUAAAUUCCCAUAACUAUGUACAAGUGUAAUUUCUGUUUACUUAUAUUUGUAUUAUCUUUUCUUUAUAAAUGUUUUUUAAUGAUUUAAUUUUUCUAAUCGCUUUUUGAAUGAA